UUCCUGUGGUAUCUCCCGCGCCCGUUGCGGCACGUCAAGAUGGCGACCUCCAGUGAAGAAGAAGCGAAACUAAUAAAAGCAAUAGAAGUUACUCUAGAACCCGCUGUCCCGGCUCAGCUACGGACAGAGGCUUACGAAUUUAUUGAAAAUUUCAAGAACAACUUAGAACGAUGUCUUACCACCGGAUUUCGCCUGUUCAGUAAGGAGAACUCUGCAAUGGUGCGGCACAUUGGGCUACAGUUGAUGGAACAUAGUGUCAAGUUCAACUGGGGCUCCAUGCAGCAGAAUGACUGUGCUGUGUUUAAGCAGAGAGUGAUGUCUCUUCUUGUCAAUGGUACCAAACCGAUGUCAGAGGAACCUUAUCAUCUCAAAGAAUCUCUUGCUCGUCUGGUGGCGGAGGUUGCAAAGAGGGAGUGGCCGCAGAGCUGGGAAAAUUUCUUGUCUGACCUGAACGGCAUGUGCCCAUUAGGGAAAACACAGCAAGAGCUUGUGUUGAUGGUGCUGCUACGGCUAGCUGAGGAUGUAAUUGGCAUGGAUGUCAACCUGCAGAACCAGAGGAAGAGGGAGAUGAUGCUGGCACUUAACACACACAGCGAGGGAAUCUUUAAAUUCUUUCUCAACAUGCUCACAUACAACUCCAAGAUGCUCAACCAGAUGAGAGAAAACCCUGCUCUUCUUCAGGAGAUGGCAGAGUGUAAGCGUAUAGCUGAGCAGACUCUGGCUACCAUGCAUGGUUACCUGGAAUGGGUCAAGCCCCAGGUCCUAUUUCAGGGAGAUUGUGUUCUAUUCCAUACCUUGUACAAUCUCCUAGCUGAUGAAGACCUCAAGUUGCCAGCUUGUGAGUGCCUUCUCAUUAUUGUCAAUCGAAAGGCAGGAAAGGGCCCUGAAAGACAGAUAUUUCUGGAGGAGUACUCCCGCUUCUUCUGUGAUGAUGCAAUCCAAGUUAUGUUAUCAACAGCCAGGAAGGCAGCUAGUAUUGAAUUUGACGAGAAGCAGUACCUUUUUCUAAAGAGACUUUGUCAAGUAUUGACAUCACUUGGCCUGGUACAGCUUCCACAGAUAUGGAAUCAGGAGAAACCAGAUGGAAAGCCAAAGAACUUUAACCACUUUAUUGAAAUCCUGCUGGCCUUCAGUCAACACGAAAGUCUAGCAAUAGCACACCUUACCUUUCAUCUAUGGUUGAAAUUUCUAAACAGUGAAGUUAUGGUGAAGGAUGAAAAUAUCCAAUCAAGCAUGCUGCACCUCCUGGAAUUAGCCAAGACAAAGACACUCAGGGCUGGGAAGACAGAGUCUUCUGAUAUUCCUGGUGGAAUAUUCAACCAAGAGGAUUUCAACAGUGAAAAAGAAUUCAACUCUAUAUUCAGUGGGGUCCGUUCACAGAUAAUGGACAUCCUUCGACAGAUCACCCUUCACUUCCCUGUGGAAGCUUUUAUGCGUCCAGCAGAAUGGUUACUGCAGAACAUUGAGAAGACCAAGCUGCAUGGACUAACUGGCCAAAGCAAGUUAAUAGACCAGCUCAUUGUUCAGUGGGAUGGGGUAUGGUGCUACAUGGAUGCCGUGAUGACCACGCUGUUCAAAGUGGAUAAUAUCAAUGAAAUACUGUGCAAGGAGAUCCCAUUCCGUGGUGAGAGUGGCAACACUAUAAAGUUUCUUGAUCUUGGCAGAUUCUGCAUUGAGAGCCUUAUACAGGUGGAUCCAACGAACUGUAAAAGCCCGCACAUUCUUGCAGAUGCAGUGGAAAUGAUGAAGUCUUUGAUGCCAUUUCUGGCCCAUGCCCAAGACCUCAUUUUAAAUGUUCUGACCUAUAUUUUACAGUUCAUCACAUUUAAUACAACUGGGGAUCCAAAGCCUCCAUGGUCAUCGGACGUCUUGCACACAAGACGCAUUGCAAGUUCAGCCGUACUGUGCAUGUGCAAGUCUUAUGGUCAUCUUCUUGUGUCGCUGUUUGCUGAGCUGAAGUCCUACGUAUACUCGCUUUUUGACAGUGAUGUGAUCACAGUGCAAGACAGGUCCAAUCUCACUGAGGCUAUUGUCAUUGCUAGUAAUCACAUUACAGAUACCAACACAAGAAAUCAGUUUCUAGAGGAAUUGAUGAUGCCAUUCAAGACGUUAAUCACAACAGAAAAGUUCAGAAGUCUGGGUGGGUCAGCUGAGGUACUUGUAGUUUACCUUGGGAUGAACCAGGAUCCCAGCACAUAUUCACUGUCAGAUGAGAUACGUCAGAGACGAUUUGAGUUAAUGGUAGGCUUGGUCACUACUCUGGCUGUAACAAGACAAGCUAAAGCAUUUGACUCAGUGCAGGCCUGUGACAGUGCUAAGGGUUGCACUGGGUUCAUGCCUGGUGACCCUGUCACUGAUGCGGCAGCUAACCCCGCCCAGUCUCAUCUUCUCCAAGGCCUGCCAUACUUGCUCCUGCUCACCCAGUCCAUAAAUGAGAUGUAUGGACCAGCAGGAAAGGCUGCAAUGCACCCUGGGUACCUUCCUGCUAUGGGUCUUCAUGAAACUGAGAGGUGUGCCAUAUUUGUUCUUGAGUCUCAAGAAGACAGCUCUCGGUCCACUCUCCCAGAGGAUGAUGCUACCUCCAAAACAAAGACCUUCAUCUUCUACCUUACAGAGAACAUCUAUAACAUCCUAGGUCGCAUAGGAGUACUGCAGCUCUACUCCCAGCCAAGCCUAGCAGAGUAUAUCAUACAACAUGUGAUCAACACCCUAUAUCACGUGCCCAACUACCGCCUCAGGCUAAUCAUGAGACAUUUCCUGCGUGCAUAUAUCAUAAACUGUCCUGCAGAGUACUACCAACUCGCCAUUGUACCUAUUCUUGUGCACUUCAUCCGAUACAUGCUCACGUACCUUGACAGCGAAUGGCAGAAAGUCAAAGCAAGACAAAAUGAGAGCGCACCGACAGGAAAUGAUCAAGAUACAGAAUCCAUGGAGGUGAUAGAGGACCAGCUUGUCCACAUGAUCACCAAGGAUUACAUGGACCUGUUCACACUUGCGCUUACUAAACGUGUCAAGGACACUUCAGGUGCAUCUGCGCCAGUUCCAACAAGUGGGGAGGACGACACGGAGAUGGAGCAGGAUGACGAGGGGAAGCCGCAGAAAGUCUCAACCGAAGAUGCUGUUCUCGGACCCCUUGGUGAUGACUUGCUUGAAAACCAGUUUGUUAGCGAGCACGUGCUGUACACCGUGUUCAGUGCGAUCACGUGGUUAGACUCUACCGCGUGCAACAAAGCUUGCAGGCUCGUCGUCCCGGUGGUCACUAAGAUUAUGGCCUUGACGGAGGCUAAAAACUCCCCGAUCGCCCAACCAGUUAUUGAACAGCUCUUCUUGCAAAUCAUCAGGGCUCUGCAGGUUCAGGGAAGUGGUGAGACCAACUUAAUCCGCAUAGGGGCCGCACUCUACACCAUACUGCAACCAAAAUACCCAACAGUAGCACAGGUUUUACAGCAAGCUACGGGUUCUCCACCGCAACUAGUACAGCAAUUCCAUGAUUCUAUAUUUAGUGAUAAGAAAUUGGGUACCAAAAAACAGAGGGAUCUGUUCAAGAAAGUUGUUGAACCUAUUAUUGGGAAACAUAUUGGGCAGAUGUUCAAAAAUGAGAUCAAAAUCAAAGACCUGCCUUCUAUCCCAGUUCCACCCAAAUCAGUACCGCUCAGCUUAGGCGAACUAGACGGUGCCAUGGGCCUUACUGAUCUGUUUGACCCCAAGAAAUCACAAGACAUUUUAUGAGGGUCUUUACUGAUCUGUUUGACCCCAAGAAAUCACAAGACAUUUUAUGAGGGUCUGUACUGAUCUGUUUGACCCCAAGAAAUCACAACACAUAUUAUGAGGGUCUUUACUGAUCUGUUUGACCCCAAGAAAUUACAACACAUAUUAUGAGGGUCUUUACUGAUCUGUUUGAUCCCAAGAAAUCACAAGACAUUUUAUGAGGGUCUGUACUGAUCUGUUUGACCCCAAGAAAUCACAACACAUAUUAUGAGGGUCUGUACUGAUCUGUUUGAUCCCAAGAAAUCACAAGUAUUUUAUAAGGGGUUACUUCUUACUGAUCUCUUUGGCCUUAUUAAGUCACAAGACAUUUUAUGAGGGUAUGUCACAUUACUUAUUAACUACUUAUUGUACUGAUCUGUUUGAUCCCAAGAAAUCACAAGUAUUUUAUAAGGGGUUACUUCUUACUGAUCUCUUUGGCCUUAUUAAGUCACAAGACAUUUUAUGAGGGUAUGUCACAUUACUUAUUAACCACAUAUUCCCCUCCCCCCACCCCUAUGGAAUAGUAAGUAGGUACACCCCUAUGGAAUAGUAAGUAGGUACACCCCUAUGGAAUAGUAAGUAGGUACACCCCUAUGGAAUAGUAAGUAGGUACACCCCUAUGGAAUAGUAAGUAGGUACACCCCUAUGGAAUAGUAAGUAGGUACACCCCUAUGGAAUAGUAAGUAGGUACUUAUACCAACUAGUAUUUCAGGUAAUCAUUUUUUUCUCUAGAUACACACCUAUUAGCAGUGUGAAACCAGGGUUUUACAGAAUCUAUAUCACUUAAGUACUCUUACAUCAGCAAUCUCCUUUGUAAAAGUAAAAAAAAAAGUGAGUUAAAGAGUCCUUGUCGGACACACUUGUUAUUAUUUUUAUACAGCAUUCAAAGGCAAAUGUGUUAAAAUUUCAAAAUACCAUAAUUGGGUAUUCCUUUGUGUUAAAGAGAGCUUUGUUUUUGGUUCUCAAGGCCUUUUUACUAACUAUAUUUCAUUGCUUCGUUCUUAGGUUUCAAAUAAUCAUCUAAAAACAAAGUUUUAUACCUCAUCUAACAAAUGUUAUCAACAAUAUCAUGACAACUUUUGCAAAUCAUCCGACGAAAAUGGAUGCUUUUUGCUAGGAUGACAAAAUGGUGGGUGAUAGACUCUUAAGUAAGGAAGACAAGGGGGCGAGAAUGUGCACUGUAACAAACAAUGGCUCUAAUCUAUAGGUACAAGACACAAACAAGCUUUUUUUUAGUUGAUGAUUUUAUAAUAUUUGUAAGCAAUUUAUUGGGCUGUUGGUAAAAAUCAUUGUUGAAAAUAAAUAUAAAAUACUGGAUAAAUAAAUGCCAGGAGUAUGCUA